CAGACAUGCAACAUGUGCAGAGACAUGGGUUCCUAGGAACAGAGCUAAGAACCACUGCACUAAAUAGUUUCAGCCAGUGGAUGCGGUGUUUCUUCUUCUUCGCUCUGCAUCUGAUGAUGUCCACAGGUGACCACGAUCACCAGGUGAAGUGUGUUUGUAGCAGGUGAGAUGGGUAACCUACAGGACGUGUGAUACAGUUAUAUCGAGGAUCUGUGUGGCCUGUUGGGAAAGUAUCUCUGGAUUAUCCCAACUAUUUCUUCUAGACAGAAGCAAGAUUAAACAAAGAGCAAACCGAUCAAAGCAUCCAUUCAGUGGCUGAAGGGCGUUCUUGUUGAAGAACAGACUUGCUGUGUUCUUCAUGAGUUCCUUACACACCAUCUCAGAGCUCGCGGAGCCUGAUGAGUCUCUGGAGCUUGCGUCUGGAGCUCAGAGCAUCCCUCAGACCAGCAAAGACUGGAGUUUAACCCUCAAAGAGCUUCGGGUACCUACUAGCCACCAUGAUAGACAGACAACUAAACGGACAAGCAAGUCACCGUCUCAUAAGCAGGUGAAUCUGCCGCAGUGGCUGGUGAAUCUGAUGCGAGACAUCGAGGAGGCCACGACACAUGAGCUCACCAUUGAAUGAAGAUCCCUCAGACCGUGAGCUUUAACAGCCAACACAUCUUCUGCUGAGCAUUUCACCUCUCUUCACACCCGAGGCGAGCGGCGUGUCAAUGAUUGACUCCUCUGAGGUCAUGUCACGGUAUAAAACACGGCACACACGCACAGAGAGCAGAUCUGACAUACAGCAGCAGAUAUUGGCUUCAGCACAUCUCUGGUUCUGCAAUGAGAAGGCCUUGUGUGUUGGUGUUGUUGGUGAGCGUCCUCGUCUGUCCGGCGGAUCUUUCUCCGGUGAUCAGGCCUGAACCCAUCCGCUGCGCUCCAUGCUCUCAGGAGCAGCUGGACUCCUGCCCCGCCGUGUCCUCGGACUGUCCGGAGGUGCUGCGAGAGCCGGGCUGCGGAUGCUGCAUGUCCUGCGCGCUGAAGAAAGGAGAGUCCUGCGGUGUUUAUACGGCUCACUGCGGUGCCGGCCUGCGCUGCGUCCCGAGACCCAGCGACCCGCGGCCGCUGCACGCUCUGACCCGCGGACACGCCGUCUGCACUGAGGACGACCGCACAGAAGAUGACCCGGACAUCACGUCUGACCAGGGCUCCCUGCAGCACCUGCUGAGCCUCAACCGGCCGCUGGACCCGCGGGACGCAGCGGAGGCACAGGAGAGCAUCAAGGCCAAAGUCAACGCCAUCCGCAAGAAACUGAUCCAACAGGGUCCGUGUCACACGGAGCUGCAUGCGUCUCUGGAUCUGAUCACUGAAUCGCAGCAGACGUUAGGAGAGAAGUUCACCAGCUUUUACCUGCCCAACUGUGACAAGCACGGAUUCUACAAGGCCAAACAGUGUGAGACGUCUCUGGAGGGCCAGCCUCCCCGCUGCUGGUGUGUGUCGUCCUGGAACGGGAAGAGAAUCGGUGAGGCUCUGGCGUCUGAUUCUCCGUGUCCUCAGGAGCUCACGCACUGAACCAGAGCUGCAGAUCACUUCACUUAUGUACCAUAUUUAUUCUUAUGUAUAUGGCUCUUAUGUGGUUAAUAUUUAUGAACUAGUUUUUGACAGAAUUCUACCAGAAUGAAUGAAACGCACUCGAGAACAUGGUGUUUUACGCUCCACAAUGACACAACAGUACAAUAUUUUAUGACAAGUCUGUGAUUCUGUCUCGGUCUUUGUUGGCUGUGGUUCUUCCUGACCACUUUAAUUCAGUAUAACCAUUUUUGCACCGCAAAUGUCCAAGGUGAACCUGUUUGGACACUGAUAGUCUGUAAACCGUUUCAUGUGUUUGUUUUCUGUAAGCUCAGUUUUAAUUGCUAUUUUAUUUGAUUAUGUAUUUAAAACAGAUGUCUACCUCACAUUAGACAUGACGUCUUUAUGGACUCCCUGAAUGCAUUUAAGAGUGCUGCUCUAUUUAUUCUGAAACCAUUAUUUUAUUGGAUGUAAAUGUAAUGUGUGUGUGUGUGUGUGUGUGUGUGUGUAUAACCUCAUGAAUUUUUCAAUAAA